AUGACAUACAAUAAGCGAGAGAGUAAGGCAAAACCAAAAGUACUCACCACCAUGAUUCGGAUCAAGUACCACUGGUUUGCCACUCGAACGCCAGCUUCCCUCGAUAUUCAGCGCCAGAUCAACCAGACGCCGGUCUCGGGGUCCCCAUCCAAGAAGGCGGCAAUAAGCAACGCAGCUGAGUUUGCUGGUAAUGACUUUCGUACUUCGCUGCCAAGUCAUUGUUUGACCGCCUUUGGCUCACUUCCACCCUUCACAUGGUUGUGCGAAGAGGGUCCUUCGAGGAAGUUGGUAGACUGGCAUACACAGCACGUGGCCAAGCCAGCGCAUCAUUGUUUGACCGCCUUUGGCUCACUUCCACCCUUCACAUGGUUGUGCGAAGAGGGUCCUUCGAGGAAGUUGGUAGACUGGCAUACACAGCACGUGGCCAAGCCAGCGCAGUAUCCAAGUUCACCACACCAUGCUUUAGUGUCCUACGGUCAUUGGUUUGUCGCAAAGCUCCGAGUGUUACCAGAAGAGCAGUAUAGAUCAGCUGUUCAGUACCGUUCAUGUGUCUGUCUACAAGUGGUUCUCGCGUUCAGCUGCAGCACCCUUUUGGUGCCUAGCUGCCAUGCCACCCGAAGGAAGCACGAGGGCUGGGAUACUGCCAGGUUGCCCAAGCCUAGACAGGAGAAGUCGAGUGGCGGAAGUUGGAUUCGAACCACGAACCUUCCGACUCUCAUCGAUCGUCGAUUCAGAGCGCUGUGCACAGAGGAAAUCGACCGAACGGCAGCUCAAAUAGAGAUUGCCAAUAAACUUCAAGAAACAAACAGGCCAGUGAGUUUGAUUAAGCGUCCACUAAGAAGAAUAUUGGCUCCAGUACCUAGACCCAAAGCAUCGGCGGUUAUUCGAAGACUGUUGAACCUAGCCAACAUUCGAGCCGCUUUUCAGAAGGGAAAAACGCUACGUUCAUUUGUGGUGCAAUGGAAAGAUCCCUUGCCCGUUGAAAGGACUAGGGACUGUGUGCAUAAAAUUAACUGCAACGAAUGCGCUCUGGUUUAUAUAGGACAAACUGCCAGGGAAUUGCACACCAGAAUUGGUGAGCAUAAAAGAAGGAUUAACAAGCCACCAAGGAAUGCAGAAGAAUACCAAACGCUGGUCAAAGACUCAGCGAUGGCGGUACAUGCCUUAGACACGGGACAUAGAAUAGAUCUGGAGAAUGUGGAAGUCUUAAGACGGGGACUGCGAUUCACACCACAACGGCUGAUAGCCGAGGCGGUGGAAAUCACUAAGCAUCACAGCGUGAAUAGAAUCGAGGGUGUGGAGCUAGCGAGCUCACUUGACCUGACGAAGCUUUUGUGUCAAAAGCGAAACGUUGCCCAGCAAUAA